AUGCCCAAUCUUUUGUCUAUUAACAUUGACGUAAUCAGCUGGUUUGCAUGGUAUGCGACAAGCAUCGAACAUGAAUCUGUAGGAGUUCAUACAUAAUAGUGUCUUGCGGAAUUGAAGAGCAUAGUGUGCAAUUCUUGCUGCAUACUGUGUUUCAGAAAGUGGCUGUGACGUGGGUACGAACCCAUAGAAGAAUGAAACGUUAAUGACGACUGAAUCGCGGUAUGCCAUAUAUGCUGCAUCGUCCCAAUAUUGCUCAAGCCAGUUCACGUGCUCUGGGUCCAUUCUACGAGCGUGUAAUCUAGAUUGUAAGUUUGGACCCUCGUUUGCUACGAAUGACGCUAGUUUAUGCUCUAAUGCUGUUAUCUUGUUUGUGUCAUUUGAUAAUGCUUUGAUAGAUUUCGAUAACAAUUGGGCUGUUUGAUCGAGUGACGGUACCGGUAACUUAGGUAAUUUGAAGUCGUGAUUUGCGUUGUAAGGUGCUAUUGAUUUCCAAAUCGCUGGUCUGAUAUUUUCUGCUGGCUUUAAAUUCAUAAGCGUCGUUGAAAUCCUCAUUUGUCAGCUGCUGAUAAUACGUGACCAAAGUGUGAACUCCCCACUUGAACUCAAACUAUGACGAUUAAAGAAGUACUCAAUAAAAAUCCAAACGAUGUCGUUAUCGUAUCAGCGGUAAGAACUCCUAUUACUAGAGCUAGGAAAGGUGGAUUAGCCGGUACUCUACCGGAGAAGUUACUAGCCCACGCUUUCAAGGAAGCCGUAAAGCGUGCUAAUGUAGAUCCUACUCUGAUUGAGGACAUCGCUGUAGGAAACGUUUUACCACCGGGAGGAGGUGCAAGCCUUGCUAGAAUGGCACAGCUUUACGCUGGUAUCCCACACACCACAGCUAUCAACACCGUAAACCGUCAAUGUUCAUCUGGUUUGCAAGCUAUCUCACAAAUCGCACUUGAAAUCGCAUCAGGUCAAAUUGAUUUCGGUAUCGGUGCAGGUGUGGAAUCUAUGACCGCUCACUAUGGCGCUGGUGCACUCCCUCAGAAUAUGGACGAGGAUGUACUCUCAAAUCAAGAAGCAGCUGAUUGUCUCAUUCCUAUGGGUAUAACAUCAGAAAACGUCGCCAAAGACUUCGGUAUCACACGUGCUGCACAGGACGAAUUUGCCGCCCUCUCACAACAAAGAGCUGCAGCUGCUCAAAAAGCGGGCAAAUUCAGAGAUGAAAUCGCUCCAAUUAUGGUCAAGAACUCAGACGGUACCGAAAGACUCGUUGAUAAGGACGACGGUAUCAGAGAUGGCGUCACCAAAGAGUCACUCGCAAAGUUGAAGCCUGCGUUCGAUGCGAACGGUGUCACACAUGCAGGUAAUGCGUCGCAAGUCUCAGAUGGUGCUGCUGCUGUUCUUCUUACCAGGCGUAGUCAUGCUGAAAGGUUGAGAUUACCUAUCCUCGGUAAAUUCGUCGCCUCCGCUGACGUUGGUUGUCCGCCACGCAUCAUGGGUAUCGGACCAGCCGUUGCAAUCCCAAAGGUGCUUGAGAAGACUGGCUUGACUACCUCUGAUGUGGAUAUUUACGAAAUUAAUGAAGCAUUUGCAUCGCAAGCAUUAUAUUGCGUUCAAAAGCUGGGUCUUUCACCAGCUAAAGUAAAUCCAAACGGUGGCGCAAUUGCUCUCGGCCAUCCUCUUGGAUGCACGGGUGCUCGUCAGAUCGCAACUAUCUUAUCAGAAGCUAAGAAAACUGGCGCAAGAAUCCUUUGCACUUCUAUGUGUAUUGGCUCUGGAAUGGGCAAAGCCAGUAUCAUUGUGAACGAACAAUGAAGUAUUGACAGAUUGUAAAUGUAGAUAAUUCAGUAACGAGACAUUUCAUGAAUAAAUACCAUUACAUUGUUACAUUAAAUAUGUCGUUGCUCGCGUGCUUAGGUUGAUGGACCGGGAGUCCAUUCUACACUUUUUGCUAGUCGUUCAAGUAAGGCUUCCAUGCGAACUUGUCUAGCAUCUAUGGCGGCAAGCUUGUCAUUAACAUGAUAAGAGGCUCUAUUGUGUUCAUUGCUAUGCAAAACACUUUGAGUCGGAUUUGGUGAUGUGCUAGCGCUUUGAGAUCUACGUGGUGGGAUCAAACCACCAUUGUGAUUUGUAGAUAUAUUAGAUUCAUGUGACAUUGGUCUUCGAUAAUUCCAGGCAUAUGGCCUUGUUGAGAACGCCUUGGCUAGUGGGCUAUUGAGACUACCUAUGUUACGACUCAGUGUAUGUUCCACAUUUGACAUUCUACGCGGUCUAUCAGUAAAUGACUUCUGUGCACGUUGUGAUUUCAUAUUUUCGCCAUAGAACUCAAGCGUUUUUGAACGCAGGAGUGCCGUACCAUCUGUUUUUCUUCGCGAACGUAAGCCAACUGGCAUAUCUUCCUGACUUAAGAGAGGACUGACGACAUCGUGUGAUAAUCCGUCGCUAUUUUCAAGGUCAUUGAACGUCGUUCGAGGAGGGAUGGCUGGUGGAUCCCUGUCUACACUUUUACUCAACCCGACAUUGAUUAGCCCCUCUCGCUCCUCUCGCUCAUCGUGCCUCCUUUCAUUCUGAAUUGUUUGAGGCGACAGCAUUGCUUUACCUUCAUUUCUUGAUGGCAUCUGACUAAGUCGUCUUUGUUCGAUUUCUUCGCACAUGUGUCGAUGUAAUUCAUUUUCCUCUGUACCAUAAUGUUGUUCCCUUGCGACUGUCGUCGCUCUGUGUACUUCAUCCUGACUGACGUUGGGUUUGGUGAAUGUAUCCAGAUCAUCAUCAUCAUCUUCAUCUUCAUCCCAUCCUUCAUCUGGAUGAUACUCAAAUGCUAUUGUGACAUCUUUGCUUGACCCAACAAGCCCUUCGAGAAGUGUGAGGUUCUUCAAUUUACGUGGUAAGCUGUCACCAAUCUUGUCUGCAAUCGCUUGAAUUCUCUUAUAAAAUGGUAGUACUGAACGAAGUGUUUCAGGUUCAUACCUCUCAUACAGUGAUAUAAAAAGUAAUAUUGGAGCUGCUGUGGCCCUAACCAUGAAUACAUUGAUUUUGUGGAACCAACGAGGUGUCAAUAUCCAUUUAGCUGGUGUCAUAAUCAGCCAUGCGAAUAUAUUUAGUGGCGGCUGGUAUCCAAAUAGAGCAUCACUUUUGACACCCUCGAUUGUUUGGACGGCUUGCCGAAACAUGUAUUCAGCUUCUGCAUCCGCAUCUAUUUUUGCAAAUGUAGUUGAUAGAAUUGAUACUAAGACCGUCAAUAGCAAUGUGUUGCUUAUACAUGCAUAUAAGACAAUCAACGCUGGUCCAAAGAUUGGAUGAAGGUUUGGCGAUAUGGUGAAUCCUGUUCCAUCUAAACCGAACCAGAUGAACAUCAUGUACUUUGCUAAUUCUUGCCAGGUGUAAGCACCUCUACCGAGUGUCCAUAGUGCAUAGAGGAACCCUGUAAAGCAGAAAAAUGCGAGUGCCAUGAGGAAUAGGAAAUCUAAGAAAAGGGCCCGUAUAGAUAAUAUCAUUAAGUUGUUCGACAACGUGACGAACGCUAAUCGUGGGAAUAACAAUGCAGCAGCGCAAGACAAGACGUCCAAGCCCAGUAGUGAGUAUUUAGGAUGAUCAAACCAGAUUCCAUAUAACCUGAAUGAGAGGUAUAGGAGGAAAUCUACGAUAAAAAGCAAAUCGAAGCCAUUCCAUAGAUUUGCUGAGUAUACCUUCCAACCGUGUUCCUGAGUACUUGCUAAUUUAUCUAAUGUGAAACCCAAGGCGUAGAAUAUGAAGCCAAUUUCAAUCACAUUGAGUGAGUGUUGCUCAUUGGAUUCAAUAGCAAAGACAAACAAAGCGAAUAAAAUGCAGAAGUUAACAUAUUCAAUAAUGGAGCGAAUACGAGGUACUUUCAAGCGAUAAUGAUCUAGUAGAGGUGAUUGGCGGGGAUUGAAGAACGUAAUUGGUUUGACUUUGUAGUAAUCACUGAUGAAUGCGUGUUUGUUAACGGGUGUGUAAACAACGGAGCCAUUCCAUAUUGAAUUUAUUACUUUCUGGCAAUAGGCGCUUUUUAUAAACCUUUUAGCGUUUCCUACUAUGGCUAUUUCGAGAGCGUUGCUUGCUUUAAAAAGCGCACUUUCGCCUUCCUCAUCGAGUACUUUCUGUAUUAUUUCAUCUGAUGCACCUUGGAACAACCUGAAUGGACCUGCCAAUACAUACGCCAAAUCUAUCUUUGAUGAUGCUUUAUCAGCAUAAAUCCGUAAUACUUUUAAUGCGAGUAGUUCACAGAGAUUAGCUCUUGUCGCAUUGACACCCAUGUGUGUCGGAGAACUGGAUUCGCUGAUAAAGUAAACCCUGUUAACAAGUAGGCAGUAUACAACUGCCAAGUUCUCAUGAUAAAGAGAUCCAUAUUUUAAGGCUAGUAUUUGAACAACGUUGUAUGUUAAAUGAGGAGAUUGUAGCUGCUCCCAUGAGAAUGGUGUUUCUAUAAUCUUCGUUAUAUCUCGUCUAAUAGUCCAAAUAAGCGGAUAGACGGGAGAUGAGGACAUCUUCUCGUGUAUAUUCAUCUCAUUAUGAAACGAUGACGAUAAUAGGGGUG